UCUCUCUCUCUCACAUACAGACUUUACUUGCUGUUUUCUUAUUUGUUUUGUUUUCUUCAUUCGCAGUUUUCGAGUUCUUCCUUUCUUCAACCAAAACCAAAAACAAAAACAAAAAGAAACUCAGAUAACUAGUUCUUAUUAAGGAAGAAGAUACUUAUUGCUUAAGUGAGUCAUUAUCCUCCUCCAUUGAUUCUCUUCUUCUACUAGGAUUUUUACUGCCAAAGCAGUAUGGUACCUCAAGGGCAGAGAAGAAACAACCAUAGAGGAGGUUCUUCUUCAAUUCAAGCUGAGUAUCUUAUUCAGAUUCAAGAGAUUAAACCAUGGCCACCAUCUCAAUCUUUACGGUCUCUUCGCUCCGUGUUGAUUCAAUGGGAAAAUGGUGAUCGAAAUGCCGGGUCUACUAAACCUGUUAGUCCUUCUCUUGGCUCUGGUACUGGGGAUGGGAAAAUCAAGUUUAAUGAGACUUUUAGGAUUCCUGUUACUCUGUGUAGAGAGAUUGGUGUGAAAGGUGGGUACGGAGAGACGUUCGAGAAGAAUUGCUUAGAGUUUAAUUUGUAUGAGCCUCGGAGAGAUAAGACAGUGAGAGGUCAGUUGUUAGGAACUGCUGUUGUGGAUCUGGCUGAAUAUGGUCUUCUUACUGACAAAGUUGUUGUAAGUUCUCCAAUGAAUUGUAAACGCAGCUUUAGGAAUUCAAUACAGCCACAUUUGUUUGUGAAGAUCCAACCACUUGAUAUACAUAGCGCCAGCUCCUCCUCGUCAAUGGAGAGCUUGUCUAAAGAUGAAUCUAUUAGCAACAAGAGUAGCAAUGAGUUGGUAUCUGCAUUGAUUACUGGAGAAAAUGCUGAAGAAUCUGAGAUUAUGUCGUUCACUUACGACGAUGUCUCAUCUCAUUCAUCGUUAAUUCUUUCUUCUUCUGCUUUGUCGACUAGCCCGGCUGCCUUGCCAACACAAAGUGAAGAGAACGUAUCAGAAGGAGUGGGGAAGAUAGCAGCGAACUCAGUUCCUGUUGCAGAACGUUCAGGAACAGGAAACCUAGUAGCGAACUCAGUUCUGAAACUUGAGGCUGCAAAGCCAGAGGUGAAGCAUUUGACAGAAGCAUUUAAUCGUCUAGAUGCAUAUAAACCUGGGGAAGAUACAAAAGCUUGGGCAAAGUGUAGAAGUUGGCAAGAAGAAGUUGGAAGUAUUAGUGGUAGACAUGCUGGUCUUAGGAAAGAAAAAUAUGAAGAUGAUGGACAGGAGGAAGUCAACCCUGGAGAUGCUGAGGUGAAGGGUAAUAUGCUAAUCAGCAAUAGACAAAAGCCUGUAAUGUCUUUUCAAUCACCACAUGAUUCAUGUAGGAGACGUGGUUCUUUAAGCGAGAAUCAGUUUAUGGAAGUUGUCAAGGAAAUUGAUAUUUCAGAAGAUGGUCAGAACAGUCCCAAAAGCUUCAAAGGAAGUGAAAGGAAAAACAGUGGUGUUGUUCAAAGAGAAGGUAGAGACAGUAUCUCCGAUACCAAACUCCGGCACUUAGAGCAUAGAAUACAGAAGCUAGAAGGAGAGCUGAGAGAAGCUGCUGCAGUUGAAGUUUCUCUUUAUGCAGUCGCUGCUGAACAUGGGAGUUCUGCAAAUAAAGUUCACGCUCCGGCUCGCCGCCUUUUUAGACUAUAUACUCGUGCAUGUAAGCAAAAGCUAAAGGAAAGGAAAGCAACUGCUGCUAAAAGUGCGGUUUCAGGAUUAGCUUUGGUUGCAAAAGCAUGUGGAAGUGAUAUCCCAAGAUUAACUUUCUGGCUCUCAAAUUCAGUGUUCUUGAGAAACAUUGUCGUCCAAUUUGUGGAAGACUCACAACAACCAUCGGCUUCUUCCUCAAUGUGCGUUGAAAAUAAUGGAGGUGGAAAAGGACGCGGUAAAAGCUUCCCAACAAAUUCGAGAGAGUCCAGUCCUGUCAACAAGGACAAAAUGUUUCUAUCUACUAAGAAGUUUGAUGACUGGGAGAACUCACAAACAUUUGUAAAUGCGCUGGAAAAGAUUGAAGCUUGGAUCUUCUCUCGAAUUAUCGAGUCUUUAUGGUGGCAGAUCUUUACACCAUUUAUGCAGUCUGCUCCUAAGAAGCCAACCAAAGAACAUAAUAAGGUUUCUUAUGAAAUGAUGCCAAGUAGAGGAGAUGAGCAGGUAAACUAUUCAUUAGACCUGUGGAGAAAUGCAUUCAAGGAUGCCUACGAGAGACUUUGUCCAGUACGAGCUGGUGGGCACGAGUGUGGUUGCUUGCAUGUUCUGCCUAGAUUGGUAAUGGAACAGUGUGUGGGCAGACUGGAUAUGGCCAUGUUCAAUGCAAUUCUUCGUGAAUCAGCUGAUGACAGCCCGACAGAUCCUAUCUCUGAUCCCAUUAGUGAUUCUCGCGUUCUACCUGUUCCAGCUGGGAACUCAAGCUUUGGUUUGGGUGCACAACUUAAAAAUGCUAUUGGUAACUGGUCAAGAUGUCUAACGGAUCUAUUGGGUAAAGAUGAUAAGGAAGUUCAGAAUGAGAUUGACGGCUGUGAAUGUGAAUCAUUGUUCAAAUCUUUUCAUCUACUUGGUGCAUUGAGUGAUCUCAUGAUGCUUCCCAAGGACAUGCUGUUAGAUGGGUCAGUCAGAAAAGAGGUAUGCCCUACAUUUGGUGCAGCUUUAAUCAAGAAGAUUUUGCAAAACUUUGUGCCGGAUGAGUUUUGUCCAGACUCUGUUCCAGAAAUCGUUUUCGAAGCACUUGACUCGAAGGGGCUUACUGACGAUGUGGAAGGAUCAAUCGAAAGUAUCCCAGCCAAUACCAUUCCAAUAACCUAUUUUCCACCUACACCUGUGUCACUUGCCGAUAUAGUAAAAGCUCAAAAUGACUCUAAGCUGAAGCGGUGUGGGUCCUUUAUUCUUAGAAAAUCUCAUACUAGUGACGAUGAGCUUGAAGAACUUGAUUCACCUCUGAAUUCAAUUAUCCCUAACAACCUCCAAAGUUCUGUUACGUCAAAUUGGAAACCAAAGAAAAAUGAAGGUCAGAAUCCCAUCAGAUAUCAACUUCUGCGUGAAGUAUGGAAAGAUGGAAAUUCCAUAUAGGUCUCGGCCCUGUCAUUGUUCUGUUUUAAUAUGCAGGAGUAAAAUGGAUGCCAGUCAUAAAUUUUGGGACUAUCUUCAGUUUAAGGAUAAUUCAUUUCCACUGUAGCUUUAUUCCCAACAUUUCUUUGUCUAAAGUGUGUUUCUUAAUUAUGUUUUACCAAAUCUGGUUACUGCUUCAAGUAAUCACAACUUGGAAAA